UUAGAACGAAACCCAUCGUUCUCAUUCUCCACAUUUGACUCUCCCGAGUCCCAAAUAUAUAAACUAUUUGCAAUACCAAGAACAUCAUAUCCAUAUAAUUUCUCGAUUCGAGAUCAAUCAGUCAUGAAAUUCUCAUUCAUACAAACCACAAAUUAUUGGGUAUCGGAGCAUCCAUCGAUCGUGAGCUUCCGUUGGAGCCACACACAAUCAUGGGGUUCGACCUGGUCCUUCCUCUUCUCCUCCAUUGCAGUCUACGUCGUCUCCGCCACCACUCUACAUCUCCUCCUCUCCCUCCUCCUUCGUCGGAACCACCGAGUCCAUUUGGGCCCCAUCCCCGCCCUUCACAGCCUUGUUAUGGCUUUGGUUUCGGUUAUAAUUUUCGUCGGCAUCCUCCUCUCCACCGCAGCCGAGAUUCGUGACACGAGGUGGUUCUGGCGGCGAACGAAAACCACCGUAGCAAUUCAGUGGCUCCUAUGCUUUCCUCUAGGGACGCGACCCUCUGGGCGUGUGUUCUUCUGGUCAUACAUAUUUUAUCUCUCUCGAUUCUUGCAUUUGCUCCGAACAUUCUUCACAAUCCUCAAAUACCGGAAACUGAAUUUCUUCACACUCUUAAACCAGUCAAUUUUGUUGUUUAUGUCCUUUAUCUGGCUCGAAUUCUCCCAAUCGUUUCAAGUAUUGGCGAUUUUGUUGACGACAUUGCUGUACUCGGUGGUUUACGGGUACCGGUUCUGGACGGCGAUUGGACUUCCGAGCGCAUGCUUUCCAUUUGUGGUGAAUUGUCAGGUGGUGUUGCUGGGUUGUAAUUUGGUUUGUCAUUUAGGAGUGUUCUUGGUGCAAUUGUUGAAAGGUGGGUGCAAUGGCAUUGGAGCUUGGGGUUUGAAUUCGGUCUUGAAUUGCGUGAUUUUGUCGCUGGUUUUGAAAUUCUACUUGAAAUUGCGUUCCACGAAACGAUAGCUCUCGCAAGACGAAGUUUCUCCUUCCAUGCACAGGUCGCUGAAUCUAAAAGAAAAACAUAGUUGAAUGUUUUGUUUUCAUUUUAUUUUAUUUUUUGUGGCCGAUUGAGUCCUAGGUCGAAGGCCAGUGUAAUUCGUAUGAAAAUACUGUAACGCCUAAUAGUUUCACAAUGGGUGUUAGAACAUGCGACCUAGAUCAACUACAUGCACCAAAGGGAACAGUUUAAAUUUUUGUUCAUAUUUUGAUUUUCCUCCUUUAGUGUUUUUUUUUUCUUUGGCGUAUAUAUAUUUCUUUGCUGGCAAGUGAGAA